AUGGAGCCGGGCUGCUUCGGCUUCCGCUCGCGCCGCGCCCCGGUCUAUGGAGCUCGGGGCAUGGUCGCCACGAGCCAACCCUUGGCCAGCGAGGCCGGCUUGCGGCUGCUGCAGCAGGGAGGCAGCGCAGCGGAUGCCUGCGUGGCUGCGGCCGCGGCGCUGAAUGCCACCGAGCCAUGCAACACGGGGCUCGGAGGCGACGCAUUUGCCCUGUUCUUUGAAGCCAAGACAAAGAAGGUCCACUGCUUGCAGGGCUGCGGCCGGUCGCCAGCAGCCUUGACACUGGAAGGAGCCCUCGCACAUCCGGAUGUCUCAGGCACCAGCUUGCACCCCAUGAGCGCCUUGUGCGUCACCGUGCCGGGCACCGCCAGUGCCUGGGAAGCGGCCGUGGCGCAGUGGGGAACGAAGAGCUUGAGGGAGGUACUUCAGCCAGCCAUCGAGCUGGCCGAGGGCGGCUUCCCUGUCUCGCAGGGUGCAGCGCAGAUCUGGCAGCAGAGUGAGGAGCUGCUGGCACAGGCGGCCCGUGGGCGCCCUACACCGUACCUGCCGGGCGGGCGAGCGCCCAAGGCGGGCGAGAUCUUCAGAAAUCCAGACCUGGCGCAGACGAUGCGCUUGCUGGGUGAGAAGGGCGCCAAGGAGGGCUUCUACACAGGCGCCGUGGCUGAGGAGAUUGUGAAAGCUUUGGCCGCCAGAGGUGGUGUGAUGAGUGCCAAGGACCUCGCAGAGCACAGCUGCAGCUUUGUCGAGCCCAUCAGCAGCUGCUAUCGUGGCCGCUUCCGGCUCUACGAGUGCCCGCCACCCACACAGGGCGUGACGGCUCUUAUGGCCUUGAACUUGCUGGAGCAGCUCCCUGCUCCGCCACGCCUGAGCUCGGAAGCGAUCCACGCGCAAGCGGAGGCCCUGCGCUUUGCCUUCGCUGACGCCUUGCAGUUCUGCGCCGACCCAGCGGGACGCUCCGUGAGCGGAGAGUUGUUGGACAAGGCGCCAGGGCGGCACCAGGGCGGCGCCGUUCGAAAGGUGGAGCGGGCCGCCAAGCGUUGGAAGCAGAUGUUCGACCCCAAUGCGCGUGCUGCUGCGGUGGCCCCCGAUGGCGAGGGCGUCCGGAUGGGCCCAGAUACUGUCCACGGCCUAGAUUGA